UAACAUGCUGGAGUGGGGAAUGCAGUUCGCGCGCAGUCAGGCGGACCAAAGCACGUUGGCUCGCUGUUGGGGGAAAGUUUACCAGGGAGCCUGGGUUUGAUUCCCAAUAUUCUGAUUAGACCUGAUCGCUUGACGUGUUGCCCAGGCGCGUGUGUGGAGACUCACUAGCUCUUCAUCUGGACACAGAUCGCUGCCGAGGAGAUAGGAAACUUUUUUCUUGUUGGAUCGCGGGGAACUCGUGUUCGUCUGUAAGACCCCGGUAUGGAGAAGACCGGGAAGAAGUUCGUGAACUCUCGGCAGGGGGAGAGCCAGGCUGCCGAGGACUCCGCCUCCCAGGCCCGGCGAUCGUCGCGGUUGUGUUGUGCGGUGGCGUUCAACUUGUUGUUACUACUGCUGUGUGUGUUCGCUCUGGCUUGCUGUCUAGUGUUCAACGUGAAACUUUUAGGUCUGCAGGACAGAGUACGGGACUUAGAGGCGGAGUGUGGCAGUGGUCUCUCCGAGGACCGCUUGUCGGAACUCGUCGAAUCCCGAGUAGAGAAGCUCUUCGCUGAGAAAUUGGAGACACAUUUGGCCAGACAUCGAAGAGAACGAGAAACAACGGAGUGCAAAUGCCCGCCCGGUCCCCCGGGUAGAAGAGGGAAGAGAGGCAGAAAAGGAGAUACAGGUGACCCAGGCCCACCAGGCAAAAAUGGCUUUCCGGGAGGCAUUGGUCUACCAGGGGUUCCAGGGAAAAAGGGGGAAAGAGGGUAUCCUGGGUUUAAGGGGGAUAAAGGAUACAGGGGAGACCAGGGUCUGGAUGGGGUUUGCCUACCUGGACCACCAGGCAUGUCAGGAGCAAAGGGAGACAGAGGAUACCCAGGAUUUCCGGGUCCUAUCGGCCUGGAUGGAAGACCUGGUGCACCUGGACCAAAGGGACUUACUGGAGAACCUGGGUUUCCUGGUCGAGAUGGUCAGCAGGGUGAGCCUGGUCCUCCCGGCCCUAAGGGUCCACCAGGCAUUCCUAUAAGCUCUACUGGAACGAUUGUCCAAAUCAAGGGAGAAAAGGGAGACCCAGGAAAGCCAGGCUUGAUGGGACCUCCAGGGGUACCGGGAGUCCAAGGUCCUUCGGGGAUACGAGGUAUAGAUGGCGUACCUGGAAGGAAUGGAGUAAAGGGAGAGGUGGGUGAACAGGGUUUACCUGGAAAAGCAGGGACACCGGGAGAACCUGGUGAGCCUGGGGAGAAUGGAUAUCCUGGCAGCCGGGGUCUACCUGGGCCAAAGGGUGACAGAGGUGACAUGGGUCUGCCUGGUUCCAAUGGAGCUGCAGGAAUACAGGGUCCGGCAGGAGACACAGGACCCAUGGGGCCACCUGGCCUGAAGGGUGACCCUGGUGAGAAGGGAGACAAGGGAGACCAGGGAGACAGGGGAGAGAAGGGUGAAAUGGGCGGAGUCAAGUUCUCAGGAGAGGAUAACGUGUUCACUGAUGUCAUUGGCCCUCUCAAUAAUCCUGGUCCCCAGGGUCGGCAAUUCCCUGGCCUGACUUUGCGUGGACGCCCUGGCCCACCUGGUCCACCUGGAGCACCUGGCCCUAAGGGUGAUAUGGGCUUGCCUGGAACCCCUGGCAUAGAUGGCAGAAAGGGCCGCCCUGGUGCUGACGGUGUCCCUGGCAAAGAUGGCGACCCUGGCCUACGAGGACCACCUGGCCUGCCUGGCAUCGGAGUGAAGGGUGACCGAGGAGAGAUGGGUCUGCCUGGACCUCCUGGCGAUAAAGGUGAAGCUGGCAACGAUGGUGCAGAAGGCCCCCCUGGACCUGCGGGUGCUCCUGGGAAAAAGUUCUCCUAUCAGGGUGAUGCAGGAGAGGGGACUGCUGGUCGUACAGUAAUGAUGCCAGGUCCAAGAGGCCCUCCAGGACCAAUGGGAGCUCAGGGAUUAAGGGGAGAGCCAGGACCUAAGGGAGAAGUGGGAGACACAGGGAAAACUGGACCAAUGGGUCCGGCGGGUGCAAUGGGACCAGCUGGGGAAAAGGGAGACAGAGGACCCAUGGGGCUACCUGGCCCUGCCGGGAUAGGGAAAGCUGGCGAACCGGGCAAGGAUGGAUUGCCUGGUCCUCCGGGAGCACCUGGCAUGGUCGGACCUAAGGGUUCAAGGGGUGAUGAUGGACAGAAUGGGGAGAGAGGAGAUCCUGGAAUUCCCGGAAUAAAUGGAAUUCCAGGUCCCAAGGGAGAUCCUGGCCCACCAGCACAGAAGGGUGAUAAGGGAGAGAGAGGUAGAAGAGGCAAGAGGGGUCUCCAGGGUCAGAAGGGUGAACCGGGACCGCCGGGCUUGGACGCUCCGUGUCCAUUGGGAGAAGACGGAUUGCCGCUGGCCGGGUGCUGGCAGAAGUAAUAUACUGAUGUGCCCAGCAUGAGGAAUGUAUAUAAGCACGUGGAAUGCCAAAAGAGACUAUUUUUAUUCUAUUUUAUUUGAAGCAAUACGUAACAAAAACUGUAUAAAGCAAUAUUUUGUCUGGAAAGAGGAAAUGAUUUUAUUUAUACUACCUGUUCUCAAUACCAUGUGCUAAGUUAUUUCAGUUGGUGCCGACCUGACCAAAAUGUUCAAUCUUGCUUGUCCAAACUUGGGAAAAUGAGGACUGGUACUCGUGGCGCAUGACUGGCGUACGUGAGGCUUGUGCAAGCAGCCAUAUUGUUCCUCUGUUGAUGCUAAAGCAGUUAGUUGACUGAAACAGCAGAUAUAUAUUUUUUCCUGAGUCCUAGAUUUCUACAUGAUAUGAAAUGGCCAACACUAACACCGUGCCAGUCUGUUUAUUAUUUAUUGGCUUCUCUCAUUGUCCCCUCAUCAUUCCCAAAAGGUUAACAACUAAUUUUGAUCCAUUUGAUUGACAGUCGCUGAUUAACCAAGGUUAGGCAUUUUGGUCUGGUCUGAGUAUCGUCUAGCUGAGUUGUAACGUGGCAGUCAUGUACACUGACAAAGUACUAAUGGCAUUAGGACCUAGGGGGCUAGACAUUUGGUGCUGCAUGGUUCCAACAAAUUACUAACAGGAAAACAGCUGAACAAUGUAGUCAAGUAACUUAGUAAUAAUUCCCUUCGUCCGUAAUUUUUUCAGGGAUUCUUUAUAAUUGAGACGAAAGGAGACAGGUACAUAGUUUGAGAAAGUCAAACUUCGGUGCACCAACCCAAAAUUCCUCAGUCUGGACAUAUCGAGAUAUUACAGCAAAAAAAAAUCACCAUUCAAUGUUCAUCGCAUUCCCUCAUGCAUAUUCAUGGUGUAACGGUGGUGGCAUGACGGGAGCUGUUUUGCUGAUGUUGCAUCUGACAAUCAAACGAAGAUCCCGAGACAGAGAAAGAGCGGAAACGUUGAUGGACAUGUGAAGUUAGGUAUGUUAGGGUCUGGACUGUGGGGCCGAGGGAGGAAACAAAGUCAAGCAAGAGCAGAACAAGGACCUUCCAGCUGGUGGCAACACCGAUGACAGCUCAUCCAGGGGUUGAUAGACAUUAUCAAGGACUCAUUGGUACAUUAGUGGCUGUUUUCCUAUGUAUUUUUAUGAUGGCACCAUAUUAUGUCAGUAUAGCACCCUUAUCAUGUUUGUUCCUCGACAAGAUCACGGGUGUCAUAGCAGCAAGAACACACUAGAAACAGCAACCAAGGUACUUCACUGUAUAUGUACUCAAGUGUUGUUCUGAAAGAUAACCAGUCCAGCAGGUUAACAGCUUGAAGAGUAUCAGGCUGAUCCUGUGACACCUUUGUGACUCCAGACACAUUUCUUUUGGUCAUUCCAUUGCUGUUGUUUCAACACUGAAAACCUCUCUUCAGUGACUUGGGUGUCUUGGACAUCCCACGGAAGAUACAUUUUUUUUUCAUUAAAAAAAUGUUUGAAACUUUGAUUGAAAGAGACCAUCUGAAAGUGUUGCUGUUGGCACAUUGGCCAAUGGCAGCAUCAAGUAGAUUUACUUGGUUUGACUUUGUAAAUUUCUCAGAGACGCAUAUUUUGUGGCGUACGCACAAGCACUACAGAGGAAAUACUUCUGGUUGUUUCAGUGGAAAGUGAUUUAUCUUGGUUUAACCGAAUAAAAUUUGAGUACACUUUGAUCCCGAAUGUUCACGACUUCAGUGUACAUUCACGUUUUUAGGCCAACAACUGUGGCUUUGGUCCAGUAUUGCCUAGGUGUUUUGCAACAGCACAGAAUUCUAAGUUUACCGUAGUUCACUGAGCCUAGCUUAACACCUGUAUCCAACCUAGUGUAAGCUAUAACAAACUUUGCAUUUGUUUAAAAGCAGCAUUUAUCUAGUUACACCUGGCUUUGACAGGUCUUAUUUUAUGACCAGUGGUGAUAUGUCUGAAAAAAGAAGUUGUAAACAUUUUGUAAAUAUGGAGAAUUUAGUGAUAGUUGUGGUAGUGUUUUUUACGUACAGUUAAGAGGAAGGUGCGAGAUGGUAGAAAUCAACUAACCUAUUGAAUACAUCUAUAAUCUAUGUACAUAAGAUUUUAUUGGUGUAUUGCUCAAGAAGUGAGCAUUUUACAUUUACUGCGUAUGCCCAACUUAUUUAUCAGGAGGUCUGAUGCCUUUUUUGUAGCUUCUGUUCAUACCAUAGCUUUCAUUGUUGUAUACGUAAGAAGUUCGUAUUUAUUUUAAAAGAAACAGCACAUGUUCAGCUAGGUUUUAUCUGUUUGUGGAGAGGAUUUUUGAGCAGAUUGUACUUUUUAAAGUGAACAGUAUGGUGCUGAUGAAUGUAGACUAAAUGUUAUACACUUGUACUAGAAAAUCGGUGUUGGGUAACUUGCUGAUGUAUUGUCAGUCAACUGGGCUUCUACUUCUAGAGAGUUCUUGGUGAUAGUAGAUUCAACUCGCCUUUCCUUACUAUGGUUGGGUUAAAGAAGAAAAGGUAAAAUCCAAGCAACAUAAAAAAAACUGAUGCUAUUCCUUGAGAGUCUGAUGACCACCUGUACUUAAAAGCAUUUGUUUGUAAUGAACAAUACUGAGACAUUCUACUUGCAAAAUGCAUUAGUUGCUCUUGAAUGUCCUUUUGUACUACAUUGUUUGUCCAGCUUGCAGCUUUGGACAUCAUGUUUUAUUGCAGAUAGCAAUGAAAUCUGUGCUAAUGGUAUAAAAGAACCAUUAUGAAAUAAGCUCUAUGGUUGUGAAAAAACACACAACAUAUUGAAGAACAUGUCACAUGUUGUUGUCGUUCUGUAAACAUGCCAGACAUGGAAGAAGACUUUGUUGUAUUUUUUUUUUUUGGUAUUCAGCAGACCAGCAAGUGCAUGGGGUCGUAGUGUGAAUGUAAUUGUGAAUGUUGUAUUUACAGCGUGAAUGUUUCUAUGUUUUGUCGUUGAGAGUGUAUAUCGAUGAUGAGUCUAGCCUGCCAGUACUGAAUAGCCAGUCAGCGUUCUAGCAAUGUUGUUUACCAAACCCAGCCAUAGCGGUAAUGUAAUGUAGUUGCAGCAGACACAAACUGCCAAUACAUUGUAGCUCUAAACAUGUAGCUAACGGUAAUGAUGUUGUAUCUCUGUAUUGAACAUUAACGUUAAUGAGGUAAUGUUUCUUUUCUACAAUAAACUGUAUCAUUGUUCAGAUA